ACUUGUGAUUUACAAUGCCAUCAUUAUUAAUAGUUUACAGACUGUGGAUUCCGUUGAAUGCAGCUGCACAACACCAAUCGAGCCAACCAUCAUAGGAAUGUAGCAGUAAUGGAACUCCGGUCCGUGGCUGCUUUAUGGAUUUAAUUAAUUCUUUUGAUGUGAAACAAAGGGUAUUAUAUUGAAUGAUGGCCUUUCAAGGAAAUGAAUGUGUUUGGAUAUUACUCCUGGCAUUUACAACUAUAAAUCUCCAAGACUAUGCAACAGAUGGCAGGGAAGAUUUUAUUCCUAAACAACCCAAUGUUACAAUAUCAAACUAUGGCUUCUUAUCUAUCAAUAUUUCAUGGGAUGCAGAAGAAAUAGCUGAAAAAGGACAUUUAAGUGUUUGCUAUAACUUAACCUAUCAAUUCCUGGAUAGAAGACCAACAUGGAUAAUAUCGAAAAAAAAUUAUCGCACAUUUAAACUGAACAUGCAGUCUAGAUUGUUUGGGUCAGUUUCAACAGCACUUUGCAAAGGGAAUCAAGUACAUAUUCAAAGCAAGCCAGCAGAAUUUGUUUACAACACCCCACAAGUUUACAUCAACAAUGUGUCAUGUGUACUAUUCAACAUCACCAAUCUAAACUGUUCCUGGAACUUUAGAACAGAUGCCCCUGAGGACAUCAACUAUUCCUUUGCUGUAAGGUUAAAGUCUAAAUGGUUGAUUUGUAAGCACUAUUUAAACCAACAUAAAAAGAAUGUUGGCUGUUACAUGCAUGAUGUGGUUUCGGACAAUAAAGACAACAUCAGAAUUUUGAAUAGGAUAAGGAUUGGAUUCUUUAGUGAGUCACAUAAUUUCUCAAAAACAUUCAGUCCAGAAGUUGUAGAAAUACUUAACCCUCCAAGAAAAAUUCUAGUGCUAUCAGAAAAUGGGAAUACUAUCAUAAAAUGGCUUCCACCAGAAAGCAUAACAAAUGAUGACUUUGAAGAAGGAUUAACAUCAUCAUAUGAUCCUACAGAAGAGGAAAAUAAUUUUAUGUAUGAAAUAAGAGUUAUUGAAAACAAAUCAAAAAUGAUAUUCAGGCAAACAAAUGUUAUUGAAAAAGAACAAAUAUUUACAGAUCUGGCGAAGAGCAAACAAUAUUAUAUUCAAAUAAGGGCAAGGCACAGGCAUGAAGUUAGCAAAUUUUGGGGAGAAUGGAGUGAACCAGUAUACAUAAACAAAGACUAUACUGUGUUUCCAAAAUGGAUCUUAAUUGUGAUUGUACCAGCUCUGUUUGCCACCCUUAGUUUCUACUUAUGCAAAAGAUAUAUAAAAAAGCUGCUUGUUUCACCAGUUCCACAUCCAUCUCAAAAUAUUAAAAAUUGGUUGUAUAUGGAUUGGUCUAAUGAUAACAGAUCGCAGGUUUAUGUGAUGCUGCACUUGAUUGUAGAGACAGAGCACAGAAAAAGAAAGAAAAAGAAGAGUACAGAAAUACUCUCUGGAGGACAUGCAUCAUUAGGCAACUAUUGCUGUCCAAAAUGAACAGACUGUACCCCUCAAUGAAAUAGAGAUUGUGCCUACUACUAGAGACUGUGUUGAGAAACCUUAAUGUAUAAUUUGCUUUAAGAAUGUUAUUUUUAUGGUGCUAAUUAGGGAUGAGCGAAUCGAAUCUGAC